AUGGCUCAGCGCGAUUUCAUCCCAAUGCCAGAUGACUGCAAAAUCCAAAUCCUCUGCAGCGAGCCCUCAGAAACUCCUUCCUCUUUGCACCUCACCUCAAACAUGCCAUCAGAGUCAGAAAAAUGGUCAAGACGCCUCGAAAUCGGCGGCAUGAUCUUGUUUCCUCUCUCUGUCUCCACGCUUCUCUUAUUAUUUGCUGGACAGUACGCCGCAUUAUACACGAUGGCGUCCUUUCAGGCCCUGUUGAUCGGCUUCAAAGUCUAUUGCUUUUGGCGUCGUUGGUCUGAUGGCCGGCAACAAAAGUCAUGA